GUAUGCGCAUUGAAUGUUUAAAUUGGACAAGCACAAUUAAUUUUUACAAGUAGUGGAUUAGCUUGGAUGGUGAAGAGUUAAAACUAUUUACAAUAUGUGUUUGUGAGGUAGUGUGAAAAUGGUGCAAUGAUGUGAUUCAUAAAGGCAAGAACUAUGAUGUGGAAAUGGUUUACAAGAACUGUUAUUCCAAGUUCUAUGAAUUGUUUUACAACUGUAUUUGGGUUGAGAAAGAAGUCCAGAUUGAUAGGUGCUUUCCUGAGUUAUCUCCUCAGAAUUUUGACGAUUUUUGGUGCUGCCAAGUAGAUGCUUUUGUAGUGGACACAGAUACUGGUUUUGCUAUUUUUCAAAAGAAUUAUGCCAGAGAGCUUGAGGAGGUGUGGGUUGUUGUCGGGUGCUCAGUGCUCUACAGUUUCAGGUUGUGUGGAAUUGCUUUGGCUUUGCAGGUGGCUCGGGAUAAACAGGUGUCUAAGUUGAGGAUUGAAACAGAUUCGAAGGUGGUUGCUUUGGCUUUUGGUGUUGGUUCGCUGUCGUUUCGUUGUUGGACUAGAGUUAUAAAGGUUAAGAAUGUUGGUCUUUUGAAGGAAGUAGCCCCCUGA